UUAAAAAAUGGGUAAAAAACAAACCAAAGAACAAUAAUUUUUUCAAAAAAUAAAAUAAGAAAACUAAGACCACGUUUGUUUGUCCGUAGAGAUAAGAGAAAGAAACAGAGAGAGAAAAAAGAGGGAAAAAACGAUAUGGGUAGGAUAGUUGAGAAGAAGAAGAAGAAAGGAAGACCUUCUCUUUUAGAUCUCCAAAAACGCAGCCUUAAAGAACAACGGCAAAAUCAACAAAACAGCGGAAGAAAUGUUUCUGCCCCUCAAAUUACUCCUAAUUACGACUCUGCCACUGCUACUCCUCUCCGUCGAUCCACCCGCCGGAAUCCCAAUCAUUCGUCGGGGGAUAACGAUGACGAAGCAGAAGAAGAAGAAGAUGAAGAAUUGGCCGGAAAAAAGCGACGCGAGAAGAAGUUGAAGCUGGUUCUCAAGUUGCCUUCCUCGCAGCAAAAAUCGCCGGUUAAUUCAGAAUCCCGCGGCUCUGAUUCGAAUCUCGAUGACAGUAACGCGUGUUCGAGUCACAAGAAGAGGAAAAUCAAUUCGAUCGGGGAUGGAUCCGGAAUUGCUGAUUCCAAAAAGGAACAGAAAUCUGUUUCUGGUGCAAAACCCACAAGUAACAGUCAAGGUGGUCAGUUGGAUUUGGGACCCUCAACGGCCUUACCAGACAAAAAGCUGUUGCUAUUCAUCCUAGACAGGCUUCAAAAGAAGGACACUUAUGGUGUGUUUUCUGAGCCAGUGGACCCUAAAGAGCUGCCGGACUACCAUGAAGUUAUUGAACAUCCGAUGGAUUUUGGAACUAUUAGGAAAAACCUUGAUAGCGGUGCUUAUGCCAACUUAGAACAGUUUGAGAAAGAUGUUAUCCUCAUAUGUUCAAAUGCAAUGCAGUAUAAUGCACCCGAUACUAUAUAUUUUCGACAGGCACGAUCCAUACAAGAGCUAGCUAAAAAGAACUUUGAUAAUUUAAGGCAAGAUAGUGAUGAUAAUGAAGCAGAACCCAAGGUGAUAAGGAGAGGUAGACCACCAAACAAAAUUUUCAAGAAGCCACCAGGCAGGCCUUCCUUGGAGCGUGCUGCAUCAGAAUUUUCCUUGGAUGCCACCCUUGCUACUGGGGCAGAGAACACCAUAUGGUCCAAUCAUGACAUUAGGAAAGGGCCUCUUGCUUCUGACAAGUCUAAUUUUGCAGAUUCAUCUGGAAAAAUUUAUGGUUCUCGCAUUGAUGUUAAUUCGGGCUGGUUUACUGAAAACAAAUAUGACAGAAGCGAUGAAGGUUCUAUGUUAAAAGGUUAUAUAAUGAAGCAUGGAAAAAGGCAUUUUGUGCUGGAUGAGAAUAGGCGUAACACUUAUAAUCUAUUUCAUCCAUCAGCUGCUGCACAGGAGGCAUCUGUGUUGACUACUUUUGAUGGAGAGAGGAAGCAGCUAGUGGCUGUGGGGGUAUACUUAGAGCUUGGUUACACACGAAGUCUAGCUCGAUUUGCUGCAAACCUUGGUCCUGUUGCCUGGAAAAUUGCUUCUAAACAGAUAGAAAAGUGUUUACCAACUGGACUAAAUUUUGGUCCUGGAUGGGUUGGGGAAAAUGAUAUUCCAGCACAGAGACCACUACUAAUACCUUCACUUUCGCUUCCACCAGGCCAGCAGGCGUCAUCACUUCCCUGCUCUGUUCAUCCAAAUUCAUGUUCUGUUCCUGCAUCUCAUGCCUUGGAAACCAGAGAAGAUAAACAAUCUGACAAGCCUGAAGCAGAUAAUUUGUCUGAGAAGCAUGUUCCUUCAGUUCACUCCAUCUCAGAGGGCCAUUUAAGUAAGCCUAUACCUGCAUCAGCUAAAAUAUCUACUGAAUCAUGGAAUGAAAAGACAGAAGCCAGUGAGGGAUCUUCCGGUUCUGCUUUUAACAUGACAAACAGCAGUGCAGGAGUGGUCAGGCCGAGGCCUCCCUUCCAGAUUCAUCAAAGUCCUCCAAUUCAUCCUGGCAUGAAUGGAUAUAAUGGUGCCUAUGGGUUUAACCUUCCAGCCCAGAUGACGAAACUAAUUGGGGCUGGCAGACCUCCUGGGUUCAGUUUCCAGUCAUCUCAGAGGCCUGACACUGUCUCGAGGACUGCCACUAACUUUGUGCAUCCAGCAACUGCAAACUCAAAUGACCCUAAAUUUUCAGAAAAUUCAUGUACAAAGAAUCCCAGCUGUCCAUUACCAAAUUCAGGGUGUGAGACAGUGGCAGCCCCAAAAUCAGGGCUUCAUCCCCGGCCAUCGAGGCAAGAAUUAUCUCCACAUCAGAAACCAGGCUCUAGGUUAUCACCACAACAAAAACCAGACUCGAGGCUGUCACCACAACAAAAACCAGACUCAAGGUUGUCACAACAGAAACUCGAUUCAGUUCCACCUGACUUGAAUAUCAGAUUUCAGUCUCCUGGGUCACCCAGUUCUAGUCGAGCUGAUUCAGCUCAGCCAGAUUUAGCAUUGCAGCUCUGAGCAUAAUUGAUAUAAUUUUUUUUUUCUCUUUCAAUUAAGUUAACCCUAGAAUGUUGAGUUUCAGAUUUAAUGCUCCGGGUGAGGUGACCAAGCAGGUCCGGUUGAAUAGGAGCGGAUGAAGCUACACUAAACUUUUAUUGUAAACGAAUAAAUUAUUGUUGUACAGAUCAGUGUAUCCUAAUUCUUAGGUCCACAAGCAAAAUGGUUUCAUUUGUAACAUUGGAAGCCAUGAUGUAGCCUUAAUUCAUUUCUAGAUGAAGAUACGUACUCUAUAUAUGAAGUUUCAUAAAGUAGAUUUGCUAUUCUAUACAUUGCAGAUUGUAGAUUUCUGCAUGUAAGAUUGAGAGAAUUCGAGUUCGGGUUGUAUGCAGGAGAGAGAUGUCAAAUACAAACCUGAAGUUGGAAGAUUUUGUUUCAAUAUGAACUUGAAGAUUGAAAAUAUGUGAAUUCAAACUUCAAGCAUGUUGAGCAAAGUUAGAGUAAAAUCUUUGAAUUGUAAUUCCACUUUCAAUCAAAUGGAAGCAAUAUUUGAAC